UCUUCACGACCCCCCAUGAUUCCAGACUUUGUGGUGUCUUGAUGCCUUCGUUACUCUCAAGAAGUACAAAUUUCACAGAAUGUUAGAAUGUUCUAUUAAGAGAUGAAGGUUUCAUGCUCAUUUCAUGCUUAUAUCAAGCAGCUAAAAUAUGUGGACAUGUACUGUUACAACCAAACCACAGAAUUAAACAAGGUAACAGGAUGAACAAGGUAACAGGAUGAACAAGGUAACUGGGUGAAGUUAUAAAGAAUUUAAACAGAAAAGUACUUUUGAUUAUUGUAGCUGAGUUAUUUAUAACCAGUGCACUUUAUUAAAUAUUAUCUGUUUUAAUAUUUUUGGCCUCCCCAGGAGGAAUACAGUGAUCUGAACUUCUGAGACGGUAAAUCAGUUCAGGAACCUGAGGAGGAACCAUGAAGCCAUGUUUAAAAGUGGAGGAAGAGGUGGAGCAGAUGAGCAGCUACGUUACUGAACGUGAUCUCCACAACAGUCUGAACAUCAUCUGUAUUAAAGAGGAGGAAGAUGAAGAUGAAGACGAGCUCUGUGGACGGACGCGAACAGAACUCGACUCCUCGGAUCUUCAGGUAGGAGAGAAUCAGUACGAGUGUUUACAGUGUAGAAGAACCUUCAGCACCCAGAGCAAGCUGAGGAAACACCAGAGUGUUCACACAGGACAGAAACCGUACCAGUGUCUCCAGUGUGGGAAAUGUUUUACUGACAGAGGACCACUACAGCGACACCAGCGCGUUCACACGGGCGAGAAACCGUAUUACUGCUCUCAGUGCGGGAAGAGUUUCAAUCAGCAGAAUUCUCUUCAGCGCCACCAGCGCAUUCACACGGGCGAGAAGCCCUACCACUGCUCACAGUGCCAGAGGAGCUUUAACGAGAAGGGAGCUCUUCAGAGGCAUCAGCGCAUUCACACCGGAGAGAAACCCUACUACUGCUCACGGUGUUUCGCUGCCCAGGAUAACCUUAAAAAGCACCAGCGUGUUCACACGGGUGAGAAACCCUACCAGUGCUCGAACUGCGGCAAGAGCUUUACUGACCAGGUGAACCUGAAAAAACACCAGCGGGUUCACACCGGGGAGAAACCCUAUCAGUGUUCAGAGUGUGAGAAGUGUUUCAGCCAGAAAGUAACACUGCAGAGACACCUCCAGGUCCACGCUGUAAAAAACCAAGGAGACGGCACCUCCCAACACUCCCAGUACCACCACGUUCCAUAAACGUCUACUGGCUCCACAUGCUGGAGUUCUGUCACUCCGAACUUUAUAGAUGGUCACAAAGCUUUUCUCAACAGGUUCCUCCAGGUUAGAGCCUCUGGAAUGAAGAAAUGCGGGUGGGGUUGGAUCCACUGUGAUGCCAGGUUAACGAGGUGGUUGCCUGGAUGUUUGGUUUCAACAGAAAAUUUCCUGCUCGUCUCUUUGUCAUGAUGUUAAGACCACAUCAAUCUGUCCCAGAUCUUCAGGCCGCCUUUCUCAUGGUCCCUCCUGACAUCAGACGUACCUACAGUAGAUGAUUGCACAAUAUUUACUGCAGGUGGAGGGCAGACGGGUUUGCUUGGUUCGGACUUCACCCACCAGACUUCACCUCACCGACCAGACUCCAGGAGUCAUACCGUAACGUUAACUACAGGCAGGUUUUAAAAGGUCAUCGUGUCUUUUUACAGGUUCUCCAGCAGGUAGUCGAGAUGAAUAUGAGCUCAUCAUCUCUAUUGGAAUGACUUCUAAAACCAGAGGUGCACAGAUGCAUGAACAUGUUAGUCAGUGGAAGUUUGAUUGGGCUGGAUGGUUUGGACACCAGAGUCUGUAGCAUCGACUAAAAGCAGCACAGCAGCACAGGAUUACUUUAGCGCUACAUCUAAACAUGUUCUUCAGUCCCUGUGUAUGACAAAAUGUGAAAGGUACAACAUUUGAAGGCUUCCAGAUGUGCUACUGGUCCUGCUCUGAGACCUGGUUACUGACUGGUUUGAGUGGAAACAGACUCAGACAUCAGGUGCAGACGGUCCAAUAAAUAAAAAAUUUUUAUUUAAUUGUGUGCAAGAAGAACAAUGAGGAACUAAGCUGAGUUUGUCCUGAUCUACCAACAGCGCUUUUAGAAAUGAGCUGAAAACAACUUUUAGACAACAGACAUAAAUCAGCAGAACACGAGGAAACAGAGCGAACACUCGUACUGAAUCAAGUGCACGGAUUAGGUACGAAGUGGUAAUAAACAUUAGGUGUAAGUCAAUACAAUAAUGAACUGUUUUAGUCCCACCAACCUAAUUAAAGUUUAAAACCAACUCUAGACAGUCCAGGCCUGAAUAUUUGUAAGGCAGGUUUAACAUGAGCUAGUAGUUUAUUUCAGUGUUUCUCAACCAUGAGCUGCAGCAUCAGUGAACCCAGAGAGGGACAGAAAUAUUAUUAGACUAUUGGUAUAUGGAAGCUCUCUUGUGAUGUUAUAAUCAUCUAUUUGAUACCACUUACAGCCUACAGUGGGUCUUUUAAAAUGGAUAAAUAUUUGAUUCACCCACCUAAAAGGUGCAAACAUUAACA